GGGGUCUCCCCGCGCAGGUUCGAAUCCUGCCGACAACGAAUCUUUUCUGUUCAGAAACGUACGCGAACCGGAAGUGUUAGGCCAGUUUCCAGAUCACGGUGAUAUUAUAUUUAACAUAGGGAAAUAAAAUAGCUUUUUUUUAAAAAAAUUCGACUAGUUAUAUCGUUCAUUUCUGAGCAGACUGCAAAGAAAUGAUUCACACGUCUCUAUGGUAACAAACGUAGCGUUCUCCACCGGAUAAUCAUGGCGGAUGAUUUGGAUGAUUUACUUGAUGAAGUCGAAUCAAAGUUUUGUUGCAGCAAGUCUGCAUCCAAACAAUCAACUUGCGCCUUUAAACAAACGAACCAAAAAUGUGCUAACCCGGAGGACAAGAAACAGUCAAGAAAACAACAUGACAGUGAUGAUAUUGACGCUAUGCUGCAAAAAAUACUGGAUGAGGAUUAUCAACCCAUCAGCACUCAUGCAAGUCAAAUAACUGGACAAAACCUGUUCUCAAACAAUGUCCAAGAAAUGCUUUCCAGUGUUUCUUGGUGGAAGCUCUGUACCUCACGGUGUUGGAACCAGCGUUUCUCAAAGGGCCUGCAACCAUUUAAGAUGCACGUCUUGCGAUUUCAGUGUAAUUAUGUUUGAGAAUCACGAGUGGGACUCCUUCUGUGACUAUUUAUUUUUCAGGAAUAACAUGCCAGAAUAUCACAAACUAAAAGCCAAACUAAGAAGGAAAAUGGGUGGGCGUGCAUACGCCUGUCAAUGUAGCUGGCACUCGACCCUGAUACUCUCAGACCUGAGGGAGCAACAGCAGCUAAAGUGGGUUUGUGGCAAACACAAAGAAUGAACACAAGUCUGCAGCAGUUCUCCUCGGAAAUCUUAUCUGUGUCCACAAGCAAGUGUUGCAUGCUCUCUCCUCACAAAAGAGAAUGCUGGCCAUUUUCAGAUUUUGCUUUGUGCAGUUUGUGGGGCUGGAUAACAAAAGGAAGUUUUAUGUUCUUUACUGAGUGUAGUGUGUGUGUGUGUGUGUGUGUGAAGUAAUUGUAAAUCUCUUUACCGAUGCCACAUUCUCCCUUACAGUGAUGAAGCACUGUGGCUGAUUUAUAUUCUGUAAAGUAUUAUAUUGAUUAAUGAAAGACUGUAACAUAUGCAAACGUUCCAAAUACAAAUGCAAAUUUGGCUCAAUUGAGAGUUGAAAAAGAAUGAGAUUGGAUCCAUCUGUGAGGUUAUAGAUGGAAUAAUAGAAUGGUUAACUGUUUAGAAUGUUUAUUAUAAAAUAGAUGAACAAUGUCCAUUUUUGUUGUUGUUGUUGUUCUUCCAGAAUAUUCUUAACAAACACUCAGGUAUUGCAAGGGCCCGUCUGUUACAUUCCAUGGUUUUCAGGGAAGUGUUGUUGUGAAUCAUCUGUCCUAAGUGAUAAAUGCACAUCAUUGUCCAUUAUAUAAAGAGAAAGAAGAAUUAAA